AUGCCGACCACUACGAUUGAUGAUAUCCCUUUUGAUUUAUGGUAUCAAAUUGCCUCUUGUCUCGACCCUCAAGAUUACAUCAACCUGAGCUUUGCCAACCGGAAAUUAUAUUCUCUACUGAAAAGCGAUUUUACAGCGCGGAACGCAGCACAAACUGACACUUUCACGAAGCUUUCUAUCUCCCAUACACGAGAAGGGAAAUUAGCAUUAGAGGGAAAAAUCACCUAUGUUGAGGCCCUCAGGAGAACGUAUGACGUACGUGAGGCCGUGGCCAAUGCACAACCUUACUCAGCAUGUUUGGUCGCGUAUGGGGAAGCAUUUCUGUUUAACCAAGGCGUAUUAUGUUAUUUGGAUAGGGGCGAGAUCCGCACGCUGGAUGUGCACGGAGCGGCUCGGGAAGAGCAAGUCGUCAAUAUUGGGGCUGUGUUACGACGAGCCUGCACGGUAUCACCGGAUUUUAGCCAAGAGGUGGAAUUCUCACUGUUAAAUUAUAGCCACGGCAUCGUUGCAGGCUUGUGUGAGAUGGAAGGGUCUCAAGCGUGGCUAAUUGUCCUUGACAUUCGCGCAAAAUGUACCCGAAAUAACGGUAGACUGCUUCUCCUGCAGCAGCUCGAAUCCUCCCGAAGAAUAUUUGUCCGCCACAAUGAGAAGGUCUUAUUUUACGGAACUCAUUCCGAGUUCGCAGGGCAUGGCCACCACGAAUGGGUCAUUCAUGGUUGGGACUUGACGCAGAGGAAGCCCCUAGCAGAGCGACCCGUGCAACUGGAAAAUUUCGUCGGAUCUGAAAUCGGAUCUUCAAUAUGCUUUGAAAUACAUGACAACCACUUUUACGCCAUUUCGAACGAAACCGGUUUUGAAGACGAAGAAAUCGAUUGGACUUCGUACUAUAUUUGCCUUCGGUUUCCGGUAGAAACCCCUCACAAUGUCGAAUGGCGUCGGUUGUGGCGUCGACAACAUCGCGAAGGUCCAAUCCACGACACGUGGACAAACAUCUCUCUUCGAACGGACGACGCAACAAAUCAACUAUUGAUUGUAGAGAGUAGAAGAGAAUGGCGUCGAGCUGGCAGUGAGCAUUAUAGGACAUACUAUAUGCAACCCCUUUCGUGUUUCAUAACAGAUCCUGCGGAUAAGAAGGACGGCGUGGGCCAGCCGAAGGAUUGGCAAACGGGAAGCGAACCCCAUUCGAGCCAUGAGUCCCCCAGCCCUGGAUUUCCUGGGUAUUUGCCAGUUCCUGUUCUGCCAAAUGAUCCAUUAGCUUUAGCUCUCGAUGACCGCAAUAAACCCAAUUAUGAGCCUCCCAAAAAGCGCCUUCGCCGAUAUUACCAUCCGGAAUAUGAUGACCACGAGAAUUCUUUGCCUAAUCGCAGAGACUUCAUUCUUGCAAAGACAAAAUAUCGAACGUACAAUCAUUGUGCAUCAGCUUUUAUUGACCUGGUCAAUGAUAAUUCCCAAUCAAAUCAACCGAGGGACAACUUACGGCUUCGUAUAGGUUCCCGGAAACGCAAAUGCCCUAUUGGCGAGGACGGCCUUUUGUAUCCGUCAGAACUUGAUGAGGAAAACAAACCAAUACCGGACAGUGAUGAACAUUUUGAAUCUCGCGGGAUCAAGCUGUGGCCUCCUCCAGAUUCCCACCCGGAACUUCUGUCGCUGCUCUGCCCUCCCAAGCGGUGCGGGAGUGUAGAAGCCGCCUCCGAUGAACGGUCUAUCAUCUACUCGACAGAUCCUUCCACGGCUGAUGGUAGACGGCCAAUAAUUUUGAUCAAUUUCGAUCCCACAAUACGGCUCGACAACAUAAAACGGCUCUCCGUGAAACUAAAUGUGGAAGAGUCAUCCCUCCCGGUUGAAAUUGACAGGGAAGAUACAAGACUUAGCAAAGGAAAACGAAAAGCUAGCAUUGAUAUUGAAAGCAAUAGAUUGGCUCCUGGGCCAUCCACGCCAUCCGCGCUGCUUUCUAUUCCAUGGUUCAGGACGGAGGAAGCGAUGUAUUUGCAUAUUAACCGGAGUUACUGGCUGCGCUGA